AUGGCGGAUAGAGUCAGUUUCGACAGGACUGCUCGAAAUGCGAAUCCAGCUGCCACGAUGAAGCCUCUCGAUGACCAAGAGCUGGUUGUAAGCUCUUCGACGCCCAAGCCACAGACGAGAUCAUUGUGGGUCGCUUGGCUCUACAUCUUUGAUUGGUACCCCAGCCACUACUCCAAGGAAGAGAAGAAGUUGCUUCGAAAGCUUGACAGUAUUCUUCUCUCCCUGUGCUGUUUGAUGUUCUUUUUGAAAUGGCUCGACUCAGCCAAUAUCAACCACGCCUACGUCUCAGGCAUGGAAGAGGACCUGAAACUUACAGGAAACCAAUACUCGCUCUUCGGAACAUUCUACAACAUCGGCUACCUCAUCUUCGAGAUCCCCUCCAUGAUGAUCAUCUCCCGCCCACACCUCACCCGCUGGUAUCUCCCCGCAAUGGAAUGCCUCUGGUCCAUCACGACCUUCGUUCAGUGCAAGCUCCGCAACGAGUACGACAUUUACGGCAUCCGCUUUCUCCUCGGCGUCCUCGAGACCCCGGCCGCCACGGGCGCAAUCUACCUCCUAACCUCGUGGUACCGCAGCGACGAGCUCUUCAAGCGCGCGGGCGUGUGGUACGUCUCGUCCAACAUUGGCGCCAUGUUUGGCGGGUACCUCCAGGCCGCGGCGUACAACAACCUAAACGGCGUCGCCGGCAUGGCCGGCUGGCGGUGGCUUUUUAUCAUUGACGGCAUCAUAAGCUUGCCCAUCUCGAUUGCGGGGUUCUUUCUGUUCCCUGGUUUGCCGACGAGUCCCAAGGUCUGGUGGCUCACAGAUGCGGAGCAGAAGCUUGCUCAGGCGCGGAUGAGAGAUGACGGGGUCAAGGAGAGCAAGAGGAUUGGCAAGAGGAUGCUGAAGCGCGUCUUUACUCAUUGGCACUUUUACCUCGCCGUCUUCACCUACGUCUUCUUCCAAUGCACCUCUUACGUCGCUGGCCAGAUGGCACUCUGGCUCAAGCAUGAGGCCACCCUGCACGGCACCUACACCGUUGCGGAGAUCAACGUCAUCCCCACUGGCGUCCAAGCAAUUUCCAUCGUGGCCGGUGUCGUUGCCACUUCGCUGUGUAUGAUCUACCCCAUCUGGGCCGUCAUGUGCGUCGUAGCGGGUAUUCUCUUCUUCGCGAACGUCUGUCUCCUGAUUUGGGACAUUCCAACUGGGUUGCACUUUGCCGCCUACUACAUGCUUGGAUUGACUAGCUGCUUCACACCAAUCUUCUUCCCUUGGAUCAACAUGAUUAUGAAAGACGACAACGAAGCCAGAGCCUUCACUACUGGUGCCAUGAUGACUUGCGGUUGGAUCUUCUUCAGCUUCUACCCAAUCACGGUCUUCCCAAAACUAGAGGCUCCUAAAUGGCGGAAAGGUUUCACUGUCAAUACCACGUUCGUAGCCAUCUGGUGGACUCUCUUCAUGCUUGGACAGUACCUGUGGCGUCGCGAUAUUAAGAAGGGGAAGUACAAGACGACCGAGACGGACUCUGGCAGCGUUCAGGACAUCAAAGGAGACGACAUGAUGCAUGUCGAGGUCUCUAGCGAGAAGGACUCCAAGGUGUAG